AUGGCCCUAUCAGGCAUCAUCGCGCUCCACGGACCUCAGACUCUCGACAGCCUCAAUCAACCCUUCUCUCUUGGUUCUUACCGCCUUAGUGAAAGUCCACCCCAGCAGCCAGCCUACGCACCUCUUUCACGGCCUACUUUGCCUCUUGCGGGAGUCUUGAGCGGUUCAAAUGCGCCGUUCCUCGCCUACCCUCUUACAACUCCCUUCCCGCAACCAUACCCCGACCUUGUCCCUUACACCAAUGCACGAGUCACUCGGGGCAGAUAUGAUCCUGCACAGGGAGCUCGGUUGAGGGAGGAGAAUGAGCGUCUGAACCCCUACAAUCCUGAGUACCGGUCGAGGGUGGAUCAUCCCCCUCAAAGGGCUCGGAGCAGAAGUCCUGAGUCCAGGAACCUCAUGAAGGGUAAUCGCCUAGAGGUACUGCUGCAAUUUGUCAACGAGGACAGCUCCGUGCUAACCACAGCCUUGACUCCACGCCACCAGGGACCUCCCAGACACAGACAAGGACAGGAAAUCGCGAAGCCAGAAGACGAGCAGAAGGACCCGGCGUGCGAAUUCUCCGCACCGUGCCGGAUGGGGCCUUCGCCAGAUGGCAUGCACUGGCGAAAGGUCGUCUCGCACGUCUUCGGAAGAAACAAAGCCUCGACCAAGCUGUUUCCCCAGUACGUCUGGGUGCACUACUGCCGGAAGCACUACCAGCGAGCCCGGUAUCGGGCCGAUCAAUGGCCCUUCACCCAGUGUGACCUUCUCCUGGAGUCCCUUAACCGAAUGGAACGCUGGGGCGGAGUUGACAGCUUCGAGCUCAUCCUUCGCCGCCGUGAGCAACUCCGUGUUGACAGCGAACCCGACGCCGACAGCAACGAGCAACUUGCAGGAGUCAGAACCACUGCGUCGACCACCCGCAAGGAAACCCGUGCUUCCCGGGCUUUGGGGACUCCUCAGCGGAGCCGCAAGCAUCCCACGGCGAUAAAUGCCCCGGUUCCUUUGUGGCUUCGCCAGCUGGUUGGAAAAUCAAAAUCCUUUGGCAACAUCCGCGAGCUCGUAGAGCAUAUCCGUACUUACCUCGGCGACUUGCGCAAGGAAGAACGCGCAGAGCAGCUCUCGCUUUCGAUGAGCCCAAGUCUUUCUGUCAGUCCACGCCACGCCGCUGGCAAGGCUCGCAAGCGUCCUAUGAAGACGACUGAGUUCAAGAACAACCAACGUCUUCAGACGAGCCGUGUCCGCUUCCCUGAUGUUGAGAUUCUGCCUACUUUCAAAUCUUGGGUUGUGGAGGCUGCGCUGCGCCAGCGAUCGACCAGCAAGCAGGAAGUUAAGGAAGAGAGCCAGCACCCGCACAUCCCAGACAACGAGCGGGUUGUGGAAUUGGACGAUGCUGAGAGUAAUCAGGGUAGUCAGACCGGCCCUGCUGAUACUCACCCUGCCGCACACACUCCAGAUGUUCCCGUUGAUGCCGCCGCCGUUGAGGGGACUCAGGACCACUAUCAGUCUCGGAUUGGCAGAGCCGGGACCAACAGCGGAAACUCGGAGAGCCAGCGACGACGUAGUCAGCGGGUGUACGUGGACUUGCUGAACCGGGUGUCCGGCCAUGGUUCUGUCAAGAAGCCCCGGGAUCCCAAGCGCUAG